UAAUUUCUUCAUCUAUAUACCAAGCAAAAACUCUAUAAAUUGUAAAUAGUCUAUUUUCUCACAACAUCAAGAAAGCACAAGAAGCGACAUUUCUUGUCGUUACAAAGUGAUUAUUUUUCUUUGCUGUCAGUGCAUAAAAAUUAAACUCUUUCUAUUUGUGCAUAAAAAUGAGGUUUAAGAGGGUAGCCGCGGCAUUUGAUGACGUGGCAAAGGCGAGAUUUUGCGAAAGCAGUGGCAGCGAGCAUUCGUCGGUUGAGAGCGUGACGGAUUUGUACGGUCUUGUGAAUUCGUUUAUUGAAAGAGGAAAUGGAUUUAGAGGAGGAAGAAAUGAAGAAGAGAUUAUUAAUGAUGAUAAUGAGAAAGAAGAAAAUGGAUUAAGCAAUAAUUAUUUUGAUGAUUUAGAGAUUAAGGAGAAGUUAAGGAAAUUGUUAGGUUAUGAAGAAAGUGAUUAUGUAAAGAGAAAUAUUUAUUCCGUCGUGGAAAAUGCAUGGCUUGAAAUCGGCGAUCGGAGUACGGCGGAGUUCAAACGGCGGUUGAUGAUUCGGUUGCGUGAUAGGGGAUUUGAUGCUGGUCUGUGCAAAUCAAAAUGGGAGAGAAAUGGCCAACUUCCAUCUGGAAAUUACGAGUACAUUGACAUUAACAUGAACGAAAAUCGCUAUAUAAUCGAAGUUUAUCUUGCCAGAGAAUUCGAAAUAGCUAGACCAACACCCUACUACACUUCAUUGCUCGAGAUUUUCCCUUCAAUUUUUGUUGGAAAAGUGGAAGAAUUGAAGCAAGUGGUGAAACUAAUGAGUAGAGCUACAAAGAAAUCAAUGAAGAAAAUGGAUAUUCAUGUUCCACCAUGGAGACAACUUAGUUAUAUGCAAGCUAAGUGGUUUGGUUCUUACAAAAGAACAAUCAAUGAGUUGUUGUUAGAUGAUGAUAACAAGAAUCUUGAUUUUUCUUACAAGUGUUUGGCUAAGAAAAGAGCAGUAGGUUUUGUGUCCAUGCCAACAAUUUCUUUCUACUGCAGAGAAAACUUUGGUUCUAACAAUGGUAUAAAAGUUGGAAAUUUGGCUGCAGCUUUAAAUGGAUGAUGUUUGCUCUAUCUAAUAGCCAUAGUUGAGUAGAUAGUUAGGCUACUAGAGGUGGAGAUCACAUCACCCUUUGUAACUACGUUCAAACCUAUUUCAGUGGUUAGGAAAGCUCCGGAGAUUCUAUGGAAAAUUGAAAACGUUGAAGGCAAAGAAUGGUAAAGCUUUGAAGCUGUAACUUGUUGGUUUUUCCAUCAUCCAAUCCACAACAAAUUGAAUGAAACCAGGUGAAAAAGAAGUUAUUUUUCGCUUAGAUGUGCUCGGCAGAUGCUAAAGUCAGAGCGUGGUGGCAAGAAUUGAUUGAUCGAGCUGAUUCCAUCAUGCUUUUCAUACUGAGGUUGUCGGUCUCACACCUAGGCAUGCUUAUACCAUAUAAUGUUUGCUGAUCUAUUUGAGAAGUUGUUUGACCUAUAGAAAGAGUUGGACUCAGUAGGUGUGUGUGCCCUCACCAAGUUAAAUACUAGACCAUUGUCUGCUGCAAUUAGCUAGUCUGGUUUAAUGCUGAUGAAAGGAUUUUCUCCUAAUUUGGGGAAUGAGUGUUCUUUUCUUUUAAUUGUUUUAUACUCUUGUUCAGUACAAUGAGUUCAAGUUUGUAGCUAUGUACUCAUCAGAAAAUGCAACCAAGAAUCAAAGAAAUUUAAUUUGAUUAUGCGCGAGUUCUCUUAUA